GAAGGACCCAAAUCGUCCGAUGACUUCAUCAAAUAGUUCAUCUCUUCGGGAUCCGGUUUUAGCCACUGACGAAGGAGACCGAAAUCCUGUCUUUAAUAACCCACCGUCUCAACGACCCAGGACCCUUUGGACACAUCAUCUCAACCAUAAAUCCACAUUACCUAUAUUGCAUUAAGAUUCCAGAUUGACGAAGACCCUUAGAGUCACAGCAACAUCACCUUACUCCAUCCUUUAAUUCCUUCACGCACAACAAAGCUUUCACAAUGGCAUCCCACAGCGGUGCAGAGGAGAAGAAGCCCCGGCGCCAGCAACAGACAUACGAAUCCGAAGGCGAAGAGUCGGAGGAGUACCAGUCCCCGCCGCCCCGGAGGAAGCGCAACCAGCGGCAGAAGAAGGGCGGCCAAGGCCCUCUCGACAACCUUGCCCUCGACAAUGUCCAGAACACAGCAGGCGGCCUCGUCAACUCGGCAACGGGCGCGUUAGGCGGCGUGGCGGGUGACGCCGUCCAAAACCAAGGGGGAGGAGACGGUGGCAAGAGCGACACCCUCCGGCUCAGGUUGGAUCUCAACCUCGACAUUGAGAUCACUCUCAAGGCGAAGAUCCAUGGUGAUCUGGAGCUUGCUCUCUUCUUUUAGAACAAGUGUCAUCCAGCACCAUCACCGCGACUUCACACCCUCUCCCGAGUGCUUUCCUAUGUCCGAAUCACGUCUCUUACAAAGGCUAAAGGACGAUGUAGAGAAACCUGAGCCGGCGACACUCAGCUCUCGGGGGU